CACGCAGGCACACACACACACACAUACACACACACACACAAAGAAAAAAAAGUAUUUAUAUAUAUACGAACACAUUAACACAAACCCAUUUUUUCAACAAAAAAUUAAGCUUUUUACCUUCCCCGGAUUAUUUUUUUUCUUUAGACCUUUUUACUAACAUAAUAACAUACAUAUAUACAUGCAUAAAUAGACAUACACUAAAGGGACUGUAUUGUGUAUGUGUGCAUGCGCACACUUUUUACCAGUGUUUUCACCUGCAUCUCAACUAUGAAACCAACAACUCUUUUAUCAAUAUGGGUGGCAAUCUCGGGCGUCAUGUGCCUCCCUCACGCCCACGCCCUGCCGUACUCAAGCCUUUUGGACGACUCCGCCUUCUCUCCCGCCCGCACUUCCCGGCACAUCCACUUUCUAGACGGCUUAGCUGAGGGCGUGGACUCGGCAUUGUUUGAUAGCGUGGUGGAAUUUUUCUUCACAAACUUUGGGGAAGAAGAGAGGGUGAAAGGACGGAGUUACGAGAGCGGCACGGAUUUCAAACACACGCCAAGUUAUGAAGGAAACCAUUUCGAAGGAAUUCACACCGGCAGCGGCUACAGCAACUUCAUGACAGGGCACAAACAUGAGGGCCAUACCAAGCCAGAGAAAACCUGCAUAGAUGUGUACGGUUUAUCCCACAGCAGUAGUUUUUGCCUCGAUGUGUUUGCAGCUUUAUCAGUCGCUGGUGCGGCAUUGCUUCUACAGAUCCUCUUCUUCAUCGCAGUGGAAGUCUUCUGUCCUGAUCUCAAAAGGAAUGAUGACAGUAUUGAUGGCGCCCUGAAUGGCCUGAAUACCUUGUUAGGCCUGCUAGAUGCUGGAAACAUGAGUAGUCUGUUCGCUAUUGAUAAUUCGAACAGUGUGACCGUGGAUGCGGUGGGAGGGGAUAUGAUGAAGACAGGCGAUGGUGAAGGCAGCGUUUUUCUUAAUAAGGGCAAUGGGAAGUUUGCUGGCUGCGAGGCCUUGGUGUUUGUAGGAGAGGAUCAGACUACAACUACUACGGCAUCCCCCGAGUCUAGCGGAACAGAAGAGGAAAAAGACAUGGAGGAAAAAGAUCCUGAAAGAAACUUAUUCGUGGGAAAUACAGGAGAAGAAGAAGAUAGAGGAGAUGAGGAAGAUAGAGGAGAUGAGAAAGAAAAUGAUGAAAAUCGUAAGGGUACUUCAACCACUACCACCACCGAUACUAAACCCACUCGCGGGCCCACUCCUCGUGCUCGUGAAGAAGUCUGGUGGUAUUUGUUAUGUCACCAGCGCAACUGAGUAUAUGGGAGGACAGCAUGAGCAGGACCCCACACUGACCGAACAAUGGAGGAGUAUUGAACACCUCUUCAGCCCCUCCCUGCUGCUGCAAGCAAAGAACUGGUUCAUGGACGAGGCCCGUCUCUUUGGCUACAAGUUCGGAGGCAAAAAUUCCCCCUUGUGUCGUGUCCUAAGCUACUUUGUGUAGAAUCCUGAGUUCACGCGAUCACGGACUGACUGAGUUCAGGCGAUCACUGACUCACUCCUGCUUCGUAACUUUUUUUCACUAGCACCAGUUUUCGCGAUACUGACUCAACAGAAGGAGUUAUGCAGUUUCUUACCUCUCUUCACAAUUUUGUUCACCUAGACCUUGAAAUUCAUUGUUCAGAGCUGGACAUUCACUAGUCUAGACCGGAUAUCCGUGGUUCUCGACCUGACAAGAGCGUUUCCUGAACUCCACUGCGCUACUUUCUUCAGACUCUGGUACUCGUAGUUUUGAUGAAAGCGUUGUGAACCCGAUCACCAAUUCAUCGAUGUUAUUUUGUUGUCACUUUAUUUACACGUGUAGAAUCAUAAUCCUGUGCGUGCGUUCAGCGUGUGCGUCUGACUUCCAUGUGCGCAUCUGUUAGUUAUUAGACACAUUAAUUAAUAUAUGUAUCCCUUAAUAUAUGUGUACGAGUAUAUGCAUGUGUAAAGCAUUGGUCUGUGUACCUAUGUGUACGUGAGUUACAAGUACCAAUACUUUCCACUCUUGCGUGUGUGUAAUUAUUUAUGUUCGCAUGUAUACAACUCUCCUUGUGUAUGUAUGUAUGUAUAUGUUUAUUGAUAAAACGCAUUCAUAAAAA